AUGUGGCAUCCCAGAGCGCUGUUCUUCGUGCUGGCGAUGCACAUCCUUGCGAGUAGCGUCCACUGCACCGGCGGAAUCGACCGUCAGGCGGUCGUCAAGGCACGUCAAAAGCGAACAAUCAUCUUUCCGGGCAACCCUUCGCUGGGGCUGCUGUUUGCCAUCGCCGUACCGCUGGGAAUUCCGGAUCGAAACAUUUUCGUAUCGUACAACUUUGAGCAGAACUACAACACACCAACCCAGGCCAAUCAUUUCACUGAAGGCUUCGGAAACUUUAUCCACGGAAUUGUGGAAGAACUGACGUCCCCAACGCUGAUUGUGCCAGGACCGUCGAUCAACGUGACGCCACGUGAGAUGAAAAAGACGGGACCGCAAAUCACGCGGAGGCGUCUUUUUCGAAUUCUCCGUGAACACCUCCAAAACCAAAAUUUUAACGGAAAAGCUUGCCUGCAAAGGAUUAUCUGUGAAGCCUCGCUACACCCGUUUGCGGAACCGAACGGGGUGAUCGGCGAUCUGGUUCAAAUUAUGCUCAGUCCGUCGAUGUCGAAGAGUGAAAAGCUACCGGAGGACUAUGUCGCCCCCGAGCGGCUGGGAAAGAGUGGUUCCUGUGACAAGUACCGAUCGGACUGCCCAAAGGAUCCUCGUCGGUUCGGUUUGAUCGUUUCGCUGCGCAACAUGAUGCAGCUUGGCUGGCAGCAUCUGGUGUCGUUGGUGUUGUGUGUGAUGCUACCGUUCGUGGGCCAUCUGCAAGCGGCCGAUGCCACCGUGGACAGCGUGGGUGAAGGACGUAUAAUGGUGGCCGGUAAACCGAUUCUGGUGUACCCGCAAGCUUCGCCAACCCGUCACCAGCUGAUCUUCGGUAUCGGUGUGCCGGUGCAGGAUAAUCCGCACUCGAUCGUUGUCGGUUGGGUCAUUAAAGCGUGGUACUAUCAGCCGAACUCGACGGCUGACUACGCGGCGGUUUACGUGGAAGGCUGGAACGAUAGCCGGCGCUCGUUGCCGGAGGAUCGCGCCCGUCGCUCGAUCGAGCGGUACGAGGUGGACAAUAUACCAACGCGCUUGGAACCGCUCCCGUCGGAUGGUGUCUGGGAUGAAUUGGACGAUGAACCGGAAGAAGAGGAAGAAGGGGAAGAGCUUAACGAGGACCGGGACGGUGGAACGUCGCCGGAUUCGGGCUCAGCCCCGGACGCUCAGGAACCGCCGCCGAAACCUGAGGAUCACUCGGGCGCAAGCUUCAACGUCCACAGUAGUAGAUGGCUGGUGUACAAAGCCCUCGAACGGAUGAGCUUUGGGUAUGGUUUUGGGGGCCGUGCCUGCAUACUACGCAGCAUCUGCGACGCCGCAGAGGCACAGUUUACGCACACCGGCGGCGUGUUCGGCGAGUUACUCCACAUAAUGUUCAGGGCCGACUUUAUCCCGUGGUUAAUCGUACCGGAAACGUCGCCAACGCGUCACCAGCUCAUCAGUGGUAUCGGAAUCCCGGUCGGCACCCCAGAGUCCAUCACGAGCGGGUGGGUUAUAAAGGCGCAGUACUAUCUGCCGACCAAAGUGGACGACCUGAAACCAACGCUGUGGGAGGGCUGGAACGAUAGCAGACGGGAGCUGUCAAAGCGGGCACCGGAAGUUCCAGUUACGCGGUUGCCGCGGUCCGUGCGUUACGAGCGUUAUGAAGCCGGCAAGAUCGUGAUCAACGAGCAGCCACUGGACGAUCCAUCGGAGAUUGAGCAGGGUGACCAGUUCGACGAUGGUGAUGAGAACUACUGGAUCGACGAGGGAGAAGAUGAGCAGUUACGGAACCAGGUCGCCGGUGCUACACCGGAUGUUGAUCCUGCCCAACGGGAGAGCUACAAUCCGCAGCAGUCUCGCUGGACCUCGUACAAAGCAUUGGAGGGUUUGAGUGAAAAGUAUGGUCUCGCGGGACGUCCUUGCGUACUGCGCAGUGUCUGUGAGGCGGCUACGGCUCAGUUCACGCACACGGGCGGAAUUUUCGCCGAGCUGCUCCACAUCAUGUUCACACCCUCCAGUACGCACGAGCCAGUGUCGGAGCACCGGGACAACGAGUACUUCCGGGCGGAGCAGCUUGGGCGAUCCGGAGCACCGUGCGAGCGCCUUUUUCCCGAGUGUGUCCACUCCCUGCUGGACGUGUUUACGGGGGUGCACGAUCCAGAAACGGACACCCUUCGAGUGUUGCACGAUCAGGUGAAGGCUUUCCUUAUGCGAAAGUGA